AUGACCAUUGACCCCAAGCUUCAGCCAACCGUUGAUCUGAGACUGCCCAACCUGGUGCCCUGUGUCUGUGUGCAGCUGUGGUUUCCAGUCCCUGAUUCCAGAAGAAACACUCAGUGUCCAUUAAGAGAGAGAGCACUUCCACAUGGAGGUGAUGUCUUGUCCUCGAGCUCAGUUACAGUUCGUGGCUCUGUUCUGCGUUGGGAGCCUCUCUGCCCCGCUGACCAAUCAGAUCCCUCCGUCUCUCUGUGCUGGCGAAUCAGCACGCAGAGCUCUCACUGUGUCCCCGCCCCCAACACCACCCUCCACAAGACCAAACUGGAGUAUAACGUGUCUGCUGUAGACAGACACCCUCAGAUGUGUGUGAAGUUUUCUCUGAAUGGCAGUCAUCGAGUCUUCUGUCCAUUCGAGUCAGAGGGCGGCUCUGAUUGGAGCGUGAGGGUCGUCCCUGGGUCUCUGCACCUGCACCUGCUCCUGUCCUCCAGUGUCUCCGCUUGGUUUUCUGCUCAGCUGUGCUCCAGAUGGGGAGAGAUGUGUUCAUCUCAAGGGAGCGUCAUCUCACAGCUGGUGCACGGGGGCGCCACUGAGGCCCAGCUGAGCCUGCCCUUCCCCUUCCUCUCAUCAGCACUGUGUGUGCAGGUGUGGCGCUCGGAUCUCUACGGAAGACGAAUCAUCUGUCCUGACUUCACACACAGGCGCUGGGGUCUCAUCACUGGCUCUGCACUGACUCUUCUGGCUGUGGGGACUGUGCUGGUCUCCAUCACGUGCUACCUGCUCAAAAGAAGAACAAAAGUGUGGCUGAGACGUCCCAUGCUGCUCGUGUGCUCGUCCGAUGACGCCGCGCACAUCUCUGCCGUCUGCAGCCUAGCCUCCGUCCUGCAGGGGGAGCUCUCGAUGGAUGUGCGGCUGGCGCAGUGGGCGUCCUCUCUGGCUCAGCUGGGGCCCGUGCCGUGGCUGUACGGACAGUGUCAGGCCGUGCAGAAGGCAGGAGGUCUUGUCCUGAUCGCCUGGAGCCCUGACGCCCUUCAGGCUUUUCUGAGACUGGCGAAGAGCGAUUGGGGCGCUGGAUCUCAGUUCUCUGAGACUGGGCUGUAUAGUGCUGCUGAAGAGGAAGAGCAGAAGUGCUGUGAUGGGGAAUGGAUGGAGAAGGCAGCGGAGUUGUCCUCUAUCACGGCUCCUGUGCUCAACGCUGCCCUCUGCUGUCUGUGGACGGGAUUACACAGCGAUGGCCACGCCAGGGGGUUUGGACUGGUGUGCUUCCAGAACCUUAACAACAGCACCAGCAGCACUUACAUCGCAAAACAGCUCCGCUGUGUCCCAAAGUACUGUCUCCCGAAGGACCUGUCCUCUUUAAUUCAUGACCUGACCGACUCAGGGGAUGGAGCUGGAGAAGCCCAAGGGAGUGGGCGAUGCUGGCCCCGUCUUCUGUCCAAAGCGAUGUCGUUCUUCAUGUCACGUCAGCUCGCGCCCAGACUAGAGGCAGGGCUACCUGGAACGGGCUUACCCCAGUCCUCACGGAAAUCAGUGAAAUCAAAGCGAAAGAUAUGGAGGCACAAAAAGCGCCGCAGUAAAGUGGUAUCUGCAUGUUUGUCCAGAAAGAAAAACUCUGCGCCAGAGCUUCUAGUGAAAUCCUAGCAGGACGAGACAGCUGCUCUCUUUGCCUGAACUCUCACGGUCCUCUUAUUCUUACACCGAGGGAAGGAGGAAGACCAUUCAGAAGUGACUCCAGCUUUACAGUCUGUCCAGCAGGGGGCAGAAACAUCAAACUGUGUUCCUGUGAGCUUCCUGGUACAGCUCCGGCUCUGUCUGUGACGAGAGAACCCAAGAGCCCCGGUGUUCAGCUUCAUUCAGUAG